GUGAGGGACAGGGAGCAGACAUGGCGGCCCCCGUGUUUGAGACGUGCCAUGUAGCCUGCUGUGCUAACCGGACCCCGCAUGUUCUCUCCUGGAGCCGGAGAGGACUCAUCGCCUUCGGGAGCUGCAGCUCAGUGGCUCUGUAUGAUCCGCAGGAGGUAAAGAUUGCAGCACUCCUGAAUAAGCAUACAGAUAGGGUCAAUGCUGUCCAGUGGGUCCACAGAGAAGAUUGUGGCCCAGAAACGCAUUUGGUAUCAGGAGGGUCAGACAAUAGUGUUAUUGUCUGGAAAGAGCAUGAUGGCAAGUUUGCUGCUGCUGCUGUUUGUUCUGGUCACUCUGGGCCGGUGUGUGCAGUGGAUGCUGUGCCUCUGCGCUCUGGACAGUUACUGCUGGCCUCUGCAUCAUCUGACUCUACAGUUAAACUGUGGACAUUCAGCGAUGGAGCAGCGGAAUGCCUCCAGACCAUAUCUUUUGGGAGCAGCUUCAUGAUGGAUGUCUCCUUAGUGCUGUUGCCAGGCAGUGAAGUGCCCGUCCUGGCUUGUGGCGGAGAUGACAGUAAAGUCAUUCUUUAUGUACAGCUCAAUGGACAGUUUCAGAAGGUACUUACACUUCAAGGUCAUGAGGAUUGGGUCCGCAGUGUGGAAUGGGCAGCCAAAGAUGGGGAGCUUCUUUUGGCAAGCUGUUCUCAGGACUGUAUGAUCAGAGUGUGGAAGCUGGUGGUUAAAUGUGCACCACAGGCAGAUGCUUCAGCUGAAGAAGGAGCCAUCAGGAUGAAGGAGGAUGUGUUUGAGGUGAAGGGAAAUGUAUAUGCAGUGACUCUCGAGACAGUACUAGCUGGACAUGAGAACUGGGUGUAUGGCAUCCACUGGCAGCCACCAGUUAACAAAGGCGGCUCAAUGAAACAGCCUCUUAGUCUGCUCUCUGCAUCCAUGGACAAAACCAUGAUCCUUUGGGGACCAGAGGAGGCAUCAGGAGUGUGGGUGGAGAAGGUGCGUGUUGGAGAGGUGGGAGGAAACACGCUGGGCUUCUUAGGCUGCCAGAUAAGUCCAGAUGGAUCCAAGAUUCUGGCUCAUGCUUUCCAUGGAGCGCUGCAUCUAUGGUACAGAGACAAGGAGGACCAGGAGGGAGAGUGGAGUCCAGGAGUGGUCGUGUCUGGACACUUCAGCGCCGUGCAGGAUCUGAGCUGGGAUCCAGAGGGAGAGUUUCUCCUUAGUGUCGGCUCAGACCAGACCACCAGACUGUUUACGCCAUGGAGGAGGAAAGACUGCUCACAGGUCACCUGGCAUGAGAUCUCCAGGCCUCAGAUCCACGGGUACGACAUGCAGUGCCUGGCCACAGUGGGCCGGUUCCAGUUUGUCUCUGGAGCAGAUGAGAAGGUGCUGCGAGUGUUCAGGGCUCCUCGCAACUUUGUGGAGAACUUUGCCAACAUAGGCGGCACCUCUCUGGAGAAGCUCCUGGCUUCCACUGAUGCAGCCAGUUUACCCGAAGGAGCCAGCACUCCUGCACUGGGCCUUUCCAAUAAGGCUGUGUUUCAAGGUGACCUUGCAACUCACAACACUCAGGAGAAAGAGGGAGAUUUCAACAGCGCUUCUGCCCAGUACAAAGAGUCCUACUUCCACCCUCUCAGUCUAACUGAGCCCCCACCAGAGGAUCACCUUCUCCAAAACACUCUGUGGCCUGAGGUCCAGAAGCUGUAUGGUCACGGCUUUGAGAUGUUCUGUCUGGCAUCAGAUUCAGCAAGAACAGUGGUGGCCUCAGCAUGUAAGGCAUCUAAAGCCGAGCAUGCUUCAAUCCUGCUCUGGAGCACCUCCUCUUGGAAGCAGCUGCAGGCUCUCCCGUGCCACAGCCUGACCGUCACUCAGAUGGCCUUCUCCCCAGAUGGACGCCUGCUCCUCGCCGUGUCUCGAGACCGCACCUGGUCACUGUGGAAGCGAGGGAACACUGAUGGCUCAGAGCCUCGUUUCUCCCUCUACACACACAGCACCAAGGACUCGGCAGUGCACACACGCAUCAUAUGGUCAUGUGACUGGAGCCCUGACAAUAAAUACUUUGUGACGUCAAGUCGGGAUAAGAAGGUAAUAAUGUGGGGUCACCGAGGCUCUGUGGAAUGUGUUGGUGAGAAAAGCAGUGCGGAUGUUCUCCCCUGCUCUUCUGUCCUGGAUGUUGGAGACUCUGCCACUGCUGUGACUGUCUGCCCUUUUCUUCUUUCUGAUCAAAGCUACCUCUUGGCGGUGGGUUUGGAGAGUGGACAGAUCGUGCUGUAUAAGUGGAGGCCGGUUGAGGACCUGUCCUCUGGGUCAGACUGGAGUAAGUGUGCUGAAACUGACGCCUCUCAGAGUCACACUCUGGUAGUAAAGAGACUGCGCUGGAGGCCCAGAUCCGGCCAGGCCGGCCAGCGGGACGAAGAUAAACGCCCGAGUGAGAGCGGCCACCACGCCUGGGUCCAGCUGGCCAGUGCAGGAGCCGACCACGCCGUCAAAAUCUUCAACAUCAACACACUGACUCUGUAGCAGCCCGACACCGACAGCUCCCAGCGGUGCCCUCGACCCCUCCACCCUGACGAACACUGACCAGGACUGCACUCACUUCCAGCUAUCCACAGUCUGCACAGUGACUGAUCCACUGCUGAAAAACAAAAAACACAGGGAGCUCAGUGAAGCUUCAUCAGUGCUCAGGCUUUGAUGUUGGUUCUGUUGCCUAAAGGAAUGUUGUACUAUUUAAUGUUUUAUGUAAAGAACGAAAAAACAGCUUGUAUUGUAAUAAAUGAUUCCUUUAUAUCCAAAAGCUGAAUGUAAAUUGUGGUGUCUUAUCUUAAACUGAUCAGAGCUAUUAAAAGCUUUGCUUUUUACAUUCUUUUAAUAUUAAA